AUGGUCCAGAUCAAGCCGUUUGCCGUGGAGCAGUGGAUGGACGCAUAUGAGACCACGGCCAAAUACAACAUCGCAGAAACCUGCUGUGCAUCUAUCUCGAUCGAUGACCUCAAAGCAUUAUCCGGGGACCAGUCAUGGAACCCAAUAGACUUCUCGACCAAGCUCACCUACGGUUCGAUUCGUGGCUCGGAGAAACUGCGCCAGACGCUGGCCGAUCUCUACUCGGUCAAAACUCCCAGCACGUUGCCUGCAGAUAAUGUCUUGAUCACUGCUGGUGCGAUCCAGGCCAAUUUUCUCUUGCUGUACACCCUGGUCGGCCCCGGAGAUCAUGUUAUCUGCCAUUAUCCGACCUAUCAGCAGCUCUACUCGGUGCCUGAGUCAGUCGGCGCCGAGGUGAGUCUCUGGAAGGCUAAACAGACUGAUGGUUGGAAGUUGGAUAUUGAUGAGCUGAAAGCGCUCAUUCGACCGAACACGAAAAUGAUUAUUCUAAAUAACCCCCAAAAUCCCACAGGCGCCGUCAUUCCUCAGACGACCCUGAAGGAGAUCGUGGAAAUCGCUCGUGAAGCGUCCAUUAUCAUCCAUGCCGACGAGGUAUACCGACCAAUCUUCCAUUCCAUCAGUCCGGUGGACCCCGAGUUCCCUCCAUCCCUUUUGUCCCUUGGGUACGAACACACCGUCGUGACCGGCUCUAUGUCCAAGGCAUACAGCCUGGCAGGUCUACGGGUGGGUUGGAUUGCAUCCCGCAGUCCGUCGCUUAUCGAGGCUUGCGCCGCUACUCGGGACUACACAACCAUCUCGGUCGGUCAGUUGGACGACGCAAUUGCGAGCUACGCUCUAUCUCCAAACUCCAUCCACAGCUUACUGCGACGGAACAUUGAUUUAGCCAAGAAAAACCUGGAAAUGCUGGAAAAGUUCGUCGAGUCCUACCGGUGGGCAUGCGACUGGGUGAAGCCACGUGCGGGGACUACAGCCUUUGUACGGUUCUCGAAAAUGGGGAAGCCUGUGGACGACGUUGCACUUUGCAAAUUGCUGCUUGAGCGGAUUGGUGUGUUGGUUGUACCGGGUAGUCUCUGCUUUGGCGAAGGGGAGGAUUUUAUCGGCUACGUUCGGAUCGGCUUUGUCUCUGAGACGGAGGUUCUGGAGAAGGCCCUGGAGGCGAUGAAGGAAUUUCUGGAAGAUGAUUACGACGAGGUACCUGUGAUCAAGAAGAAGAAAUGA